UACAUUGUACAUCAAUCUCCGUUCACAACUUUCUUGCUACAUUGUACAUAAGUGUACAUGCCUGUACUUAUUGCUUUCGUAGUAUUUGGCCGGCCGUGCUCAUCUCCCUGAGACCUACAUUGGACGAGUACAGGGCGAUGGCUGGACGGCACGGAAGUAGACCGUCAGCGUCAAGAACGUGUACGGUCGCGCCGGCUAGAAUGGCACUACUGCUGCUAGCGUUUCUGCUGGUCUCAUUGGCAGCGCCGUCUGUGCAUGGAGCCGUGACGAUUAGCUGCUGGAAUGUGCAUACAAUGAGAACGGUGCACUCUGAUCAGCCUUGUCCAUACAACACACCCAAAGAUGAGAUCACCGGAAUGCUAGUGUUCUUUGAGGCAUCAUACAAGUUUGUCGUCGUUAGCGUGAACAAUGGUCUCUAUCAGCUUCGGUCGGACUUGUCUUAUCAGAACACGUUGAACCUGACUAAGGACGCGGCAUCAUGCGCAGGCACUUUCCUUUGCGGAAGCAAAGUGCCCAUUCUGGCAAGAGACGGAACGUCGGACAACCUCUUAUACUGCGUUAACGGUGAUGGAAAACCCAGCUGUAGCCUGUAUGAUGUUCAAAACUGGUCUCCAGUUACUAGGAGCGGCUAUGGAGUGGUUGAUGCCAACUUGAACAAGGGACUGUUUAGCAGCACAGUUGGCAAAUACCCACUUCUGGGCGACACCCUCUCCCCGUUGAACAUUGAGCAGACUUACUUCAACUCCGGCUAUGGCUUGAUGGCUGCAGUACUUGAUGGCAAGUAUACCAGCGUGAUCAAAUACAACCCGACGGUGUCACCCAAGGCUGUAUUGAUGUCGCAAAGCCAACUGGAAGCUGUGGUGUCGCCCAUUCAGCACACGAACGUUGUCGCGACGUUUGCUCACGGCGACAAAUGGUACAUGAUCAUAUCCACGCGGUCCUCGUUCUGCGAUCAAACGCACUCGAGCAGUAUGGAUACAUACGUGUCUGAGUUAUGCAUGGGUGAUACAGGCCAGCCGGUGGUGGGGGAGACGGCUUUUAAUCACUUUGGGCAUGUCCUAAAAGCUCCGCUACGCUGCGACUUUGAGGAUACGUACACGUAUUCUACAGCAGUGUCGGCUCAAACUCUAGCUGGCACGUCGUCAUUGAGCCAACCGAUACUCUACGUCAUGUUCACUGUACCGGUAGCCGCGCGGACCAAGAACGCUGCGUCUGGAGUCGCUAUCUGCGAAUACAACAUUGACGGCAUCCAGCCAGGAUCCGUGCAGGCGGCCUUUGCCCCGCCGAUGACAGUCUACAACCCACAGAGCCGCGCUAACAGUUCAUUUAACGGAGGACAGUGUAAAGACAAGUUUUCAGAGGUUCUCACCGUCAUACCGGAGAUAACGCAGGUUGACAAAACGCCUGUCUUUUUCAGCGGCACUGACGUGUAUGUAGCAAUGGCUAUUGCCAACGUGAGAUCACUCCAUGGCGGUAUCUACUUGUUGAUCUACACUGCUGAUGAAAACGGAUACCUCACCAAGAUAGUAAAGUCCAAAGUUUCUGGCGCAGUUGUCCUUGAACGGACUCUUGUCUUCGCUCCGGAUACCGCAAGCAAAACAUCAGUACAAAUCACAAGUAUCAAAAUCGGAGAGUCUACGGUUACCAAGGACACGCUCGUCUACGUGCAGUCUGAAAGAGCCGUCGCCUCCAUCCCAGUGCAGCACUGUGCAGACGCCAAGACGUGCGCCGCGUGCGUUGCAAUGCGUGAUCCCCUUUGCGGCUGGUCCCUUGUCGCGGGGAUAUGCAGUUCUGAUGACUCGUCUGCGCUACAGGACUUGUCGGGAACGACGAUGCCAUGCCCUUUGGGUCCCAUCAACUACACCCUGAACCAGCCGUUGGCGGCGGAGACCAGUAGAGACAGUAUCAUGCUCACUAUCAGCGGUAGGUCCUCAGAGCCGGCCACCGGGUAUGACAAACCGAGGUUUGACAUCUACCAGAACGGCACCAAGAUCGGAACGUCCCCACCAGGCAACUACACCUACCUGGUCAGCAGUCUUGAUACGUACACUCCUUAUUCAUUCUACGCCGUCCCCAUCAACGGCCUCGGCGCGGGUAGCAGCACCAACACAGUGCGGGUGCGAACAAACGGAUCGGUUCCCGGUGUUGCCGAGGUGGCGGCGUUUGCCCGCACUAUUGCACAGACGCCGGUGAAUCAGCUGCGGUGGUUGAGACCGGCCGCAAACGGCAUUCUCUCCACAUACACGGUGCUGAGAGGCACGUCCGCAAGCAGUCUCGUGCCCAUCGACCAGCUGACGGUCUUGACGGAUGAGCUAGUCGCCAACUACAACGAUACAAAGGCCAUCAUGCCAGGAGCUAUGUACUACUACAGCGUUGAGACGUGCAAUGGCCAGGCGCUAACAUGCUCGCGCAGUCUACCGAUUUCCGUUACCACCGCCUGCAUCCCACCCAUCGCGCCGACGAGUCUUCAAGCCAGCACCAGCACUGCCUACACUGUCACUCUCUCCUGGUUGCCGGUUACCGCCACAACGUACGGACGCAUCACCGAGUAUCGUCUGUUCCACUCCGACAGUGGACAGCGGGUCAGUGGCUGUUGUGAUGCCAGCACCACCACCAAAACUGUAGAGGGCUUACAGCCACGGACAUCCUACACAUUUUCCGUCCAGGCGGCUACCUGUGACGGCCCGGGCGCGCUAUCAUCCAACGUCACCGUGGCAACCCUGGACGGUCCGCCGCCAAAGCCCACGAUCCAGGACGUAAAGCUGACCUCGACAAGGCCACCCUCCGCCCUGAUCACCUGGAACACAGCCGACCCAGCCACUCUACAGGGUACAUUGCUGCCGUAUAAGGUCUGCAGAACGCCGGCAUUCCCUAGCGGGCUGUGCAAAACAAUGCCAAGGAGUUCCGUUCUCCAGUACGACGACAAGGAACUCUACGGCAGCAGCCCACCCCCGACAGACUGUCUCCUGUUUGACUACACGAUUAGCGCUGUGACAUCGUUUGGCGAGGUCAAGAGCGACUCAAUAUCUCUCAGUGCUCCGGGCGUUCCGCCGGGGGUUGCCUCGGUAACCGCUAGCGCUCUCUCGUCCACGCAGUUGCGCGUCACGUGGCCGGCGGUGAUAAUCUCCACCGGCUGUCGGAUCAGUCGUUACCACGUGAUGCGCGAAGUCGUGAGCCAGGGCGCCGCCAGUCAACAGUCCGUCUGCUGUACGGAUGCACGAACAGAGUUCAUCGACUCUGGCCUGCUCCCCGCCACGCGCUACAAGUACAUGGUGAGCGCCGAAACCGACUACAACGUGUCGCGCUCAGUGCCCACGUCAGCCGAGGGGAGCACGGCCGAAGCCAUGCCCGAUCCGCCCAGCAACCUGCGUGUGUCGUUCAUGAGCGCAAUGCUGAACCUGCAAUGGAACGGAUCCAGCAUUGUGCGCGGCGUGCUGAUUGGCUACCGUGUCAGCCUGGACUCGGCGCUCUUGACAACACAGAUACAGACGUCGUACAGCAUUCCGCUAUCCUCGCUACGAGGUGGCUGGAGCUACCUGCUCGCCGUGGCCACCGAGAACUCGGCCGGAGUCAGCAUGCAGAUGAAUAUCUCCGUGGUUACGCCAGUGAAAGCACCUCCGCCACCUCGUAGCGUGUUUGCCACGGCAACGGGUCAUACGUCGAUGGCCGUGACCUGGUUACGGCCCAUGUAUAAUGGCAAUGUCAGCAACUAUCAAGUGCAGGUCUACCAGGAUAGCGCUCAGCUGAUCACGGACACGUCUGUGCCUGGUGACCAGUAUUUGUUCAACAUUACCCGGCUUGUGAAUGAUGAGACGUACUAUGCUGUCGUCACAGCCAAGUCCACGGCUGGAGACUCGACACCGGCGCAAUCUUCCACGGAACGGUUGCCGUUGAGGCUUGCUGACAUCGUACUUCCGAGGAGCUACAACCUCAGCGCCGUGGCCCGGACACAGUUCAGCCUGUUCGUCGCCUGGACAACCACAAACGACUCGGAAGUUAACAGGUACACGCUGACGCAGACAGCCGUAUCGGGUGGCUCUCUUGGCACACCACUGGAUGUAUGUUGCUCGGCGAAGUGGAAGAGCUACGACGCCACAGGUCUUGCAGGCGAUGCACAGUACCGCUUCACGCUGGGAGCUGUGCUUAGUAACGGCACCCAGGUCUUCAACCUAGCCACCACCGAGGAGCGUACUCUGCCCUCGUACCCGGGACAACCUGUUGGCUUGCAGUCCAGUUCAGUCACAGCCACGUCAGUCUCUCUGAGCUGGACACCGCCGACAGACGCUAACGGCGUGAUCAUCCGAUACGAGGUGGCCGAAAGCGGCAACGUCGUGCGUCAGUCGUCGCAGGCAUCCGUUGCCAUUGACAACCUCGAGGCGUACCGCAACUACACGUUCCGAGUGCGUGCCGUCAACAAGGGUGUUCGCACCGGCGAUUUGGCUGGUCUCUACAGCGCGCCGCUCCGUGUCGAAACCUCCGUUGCCAAGCCGACCGUGAUUCCGUUCGUGCAGGCCGACAGCGUUUCCAAGACGUCGCUGUUCAUCCGCUGGGCUGCGCCGGUGGCCGCUAACGGUCUGCUCAGCUCCUACCGUGUUGAGUACAGCGAGCGGCAGGAGAACGGUGCCUGUACGUUUGCCCUGGCCAGUACCGAGGCAAUGGUGGUGGAUGCCGCCAGCACCAUCGCUGUGCCCAAUAAUCUCAAGAUUGCGCAGGAGUACUGCACUCGCGUGCGCAGCCGCAACAGCCAGUUCGACUCCGACUGGAGCAGUGUGGUCACCGCGGCAACGCGUAGCGACGACAUCGUCUGCCCGGUGGUACAGACGGCCCCGCCGGUGGAGUGCCCCACGACGGACGGUCGGACCGUCGACAUUGGCGGCAACCAGGGCAGCCUGACGCCCACAUCGUCCUCGUCCACCGCCCUAGUAACCGUCAUAAUCCUGGCCAUCAUCGGUGCCGUGCUCGUGGCUAUCCUGUCCGGCAUCCUGUACCUGCAGCGGUCUCCGCUCAGCAAGAAAGCGCCGGGGGCAUCGCUGGCCGUCGUUAAGCCGCGGGAGAAUGGCGGUGACAGCUUCCUGGGCCCGAGCAGCAUGCCGACCGUAGGUAGCCAGAAGACACCGCUGGGAUACGCGCCGUCAGCAAGCACCCUGGCGUCACUAGCCGGUCCAACGGCGUCGUUGCCUAGGGAACCGCCGAUCCUGGAGAUGCAGCCGAUGCUGGCGGCGGCCGACAAAGACGUGGACGCGGACGAGGACUACGAAGCCAUGCCCGUGGAUGUACGUCACGUCGAUCCCAACGUCCUCAGCAUGGUGCAGAACCCCGGCGAGGCAACCGCCCCGGACCCGUUCACAUCAAGCGGCCUGGAAUCGAAAGAAGCUGUGGCGGACGACUACCUCGAACCCAGUCAAAUGCCCGCCAUUGGCAAAGGUGCCCCCAACGACGGUGGCAAUGCAUCCCGCGAGGAUGGUCCCACCGCUGAGAACGCUGCGGAGACGACUAGCACCGGCAAUGACAACGUCGUUGGUAGCGCGGCCAGUGGUGAUGGUGAUGGUGCGGAUCAGACAAAUGACGGCGGCGGUGACUACAUGAACACCGUGCUGCACGCUGCCGUCGACAGCAGCGCCCCUGCGGCCACCGCCAGCGCGUCCAGCCUCACUGCCGGCGGGUUGGAGCGCGAGCGCGUGGACAGCGUGCUGUACACGAAGCCGAAGCGCGACCGCCAGGUAUCCGUCAACAGCGAAAUGUCGGACGAAGCACGCCUCUUCCGACCCUCAAGUCAGGACGUCUAAUUGAGCCACCAACAUGUCACAUGACACGCUGUGAACGUGAAUUUGACUUAUCAACUAUUUUGGCGCCAAAUCUGUUUUGUUUCCCUGUAACCCCGGCAACAGAGAUGGCCAGAUUUUUUCUAAGGCAAGUGCUUCAUGGAUUUGUUCAGAGCCUCCGGUACACAAUGGCGCACCGCGUCUAUUUAGCAUGGCUGGUUUCCAUGGCAAUAGACGUGUGAGCGGCGUGCCGCGUGCAGCUGGAGGAAAUUGAGUUUUCCCGUUUUACUACUUGUCCGUAAACUGAUAUUGGUGCACUGUCUCUCCGUCUCCCUCUGGCUCUGUCUUCUAUCUAGCCACCCACAUAUCUAUCUAUCUAUUGCACUCAUGCUUAUGCGCCUGUGCGUGGCUAACGAAUGUCAGUAUACUAUUUCUUUAGUGCCUUCCUGUUGUGUUGACGUGAGCACAUCGACGCGUUCGUAUCAUAUUACUGGAGUGAAGGCGCUGGCUUGAGAACACUGAAUCCUCGUUAGGCGUGUGCACUGAUGAUUUGGGCUGUGCCCGAGAUUUCAACCAGCGACCUUUUUUUGGGUUUUGUUUUGAUUUCUCCUUAAACAUCGGACAGGCCAUUUUUUUAUAUUUUCGGAAUACUUCGUUAUUUUCAUGAGAGUGUGUACUGUGCAUGCAUACAAGUUUGGGCUGGUCAGAUAUUUCAGCUAGUAUUAAAGCAUGAUGACCUCGGCUUAAGAUAUAGUUUCGCACCGCUGGCAGACUAGUCUCUGUUCUAUUUUCGCAUCUUUUUCUGCCAUUUUGUCACAAAUUGAUUAGAAGUACCGUAUAAAUAUAAAUUUUCGUGCCCCCUAACGAAUAUUUCGAAAGUUGGCCGGUGUUCUCACUGUGCUAUGAGAUGCUGUAAUAAAUAAAUAAUAAUAAAUAAGUUAAUUCCAAACGAAAAUUGCACUAAGGCCAUGGUAAACAUUA